AUGCCCGUCAAGGAUCUUAGAACUGUCGCAAGGAUUCUACAAAUUGGAUUCGUUCACGCAAACUCUGUACAUCCCAAACUCGACUCCAGCAAUUCCCAAACAACGCCUCAAAUGCAAAUCUCACGCGCCUCUCGGAGCGGAGCACCCUCCAUUCAAGGCGAUAAAGCCAUUGCAAACGCUUUCACCGGCAACAACGUGUACAUCGACCCCGUCCUCAACGCGGAAGGCAUGUCGAUUGCCAAUGUCACUUUCACGCCAGGUGCCCGAACGCACUGGCACACGCAUGAAAAGGGUCAAAUCCUGAGAGUCGUCACCGGGUCGGGUUGGGUGUGUGAUAUUGGCGGACAGCCCGUCAGGAUCAAUGUCGGGGACGUCAUCUGGUGCCCGCCUGGCACGAAGCAUUGGCACGGAGCUGACGACGAUAGCUACAUGUGUCACCAGGCGACCUCCUUUGGCGUUGUCACCUGGGAAGAAGAGGUCGGUGAUCAGGAAUAUGCAAAGAAAUCGGGGUGA